GGGGUACCAUGUAAGGUCAAGCCUGAGCAGCUCUCAGGGUGGGAGUGGGGAAACCAAAUAAGAAGGCAGGAACAAUGGGGAUCAAGGAUUGUAUUGAUUUUGUGUGUAGGCACACCCACCCCGUUCCAGGCCACCCACAGUAGUGCAUCAGCCUAGCUGAAAAGUCGGAUGGUGCCAUCUGCCCCAGAGGAGAAGAUCCAUGGCUGUGUGGGGUGGAAGGCCACAUCCAGAACACCCAGAUCUCGGGUCAGUGUGUGCCCCUUAAGCACCUUGACAGGUACCAGCAGCGGGUUCUGCAGCAGGUCACUGUGGAAGAGAGGGAUUCAGGACCCAGUGGGAUGGUCCCAUGGGAAGGGCUGGGCAAGGGCUAGCACUCACUUGUACACCAUGCCGUGGCAGACAAUAACACUGCCAUCGUCUGAGCCAGAUGCAAAGAGUGGGUAUCGGGGGUGGAAUGCCACAGCCCGCAAAGCCUUCUUGUGAUGCCUGCGGAAGUGUGCAUUGACAGUGGGCUUCAGCUGAAGGGGCCCCUCUACCCACCUACCUCACCCCAACCCACCUUACCUCAGCACUUUGUAUGGCUUAGUGGAAAGAUCCAGGUCGAACCACACCAGUUUGCUGUCAUAGCUGCCACAGAUGAUGUUGUCACCUAGGGCCAGAGCAAUGCCAGUAUUUCUCACAAGACUUAGAGGGUUCAUUCCCUGACCCUGACUUGAAGAAAACAUGUUCCCCUCACCUGCUGGGUGCACAGCCAGGCUAGACACCCACUUGCAGUUGGGCAUCAGCUUCUUGGUAAGCUCCUGGCGCAGCAGGUGGUAAAUGCGGACACUGCGCUGAGAGGCCACAAGCAGGAAGGGCCGGGUGGGGUGGAAAGCCACACACUGCACCUGUCCGUGGCUGCGGCGGAAUGGGCUCUGGCUGCGCCUCCUGCUCAGCUGGUGGAUCAGCACCUGAGUGUGUCCUGAACUAGACAGCACCACAGCCAGGUAGUCCCCUCGCCCAUGCCAGGUCACCUGUGUCACUGGCUAGAGAAGAACAAUGCAGGCUGAUUGUCUGACCCGGCCUGGCAUGUUCCCAUCCCCUUCCCAUCACAUACUUUGCUGUGGCAGAUACGUAGUCGUAGGCCCCCCUGGCGUUCUUCCUCUGAGGCCUCUAGCCAGCGGGCUGGCUGCAACGUUGGCUCUUCAGGUGGAGUGAAGGCAUCCAGCAGCUGGUCUGUGCUACCCACCAAGAGCCGGUCUCCCAGGGCUGGGUUCAGAAGCAGCACUGCAUCAUCCCUACAAACCAGGGCCAGACACAACCCUCCUCAGCAUAGUCAGUCCGCAUUUUUCUGUAACCCUUCCCAACCGUAUCCCAAGGACCCUAAACUCACACGGCUGCAGCUACUAGGCAUAUGGUGGGAUUGGGGUUCCAGGCAAUGCUCCGAACCACACCCCCAACAGGCACAGUCCUCAUACAGCGGGCAGUAGCCACCUCCCAGAGCCUCACUGAGCCAUCGUCUGAACCUGGAUGUGGUAGUGAAGGCUCUCAGCACCUGAGCCUCUAACCCAGAUCCCUGCCUCCCAGCUCAGGGUAGCCUCCACUUCAGGCCUACCUGAAGCUAGCCACUGGCCCCCUGGGGAGACACUGAGGCAGCGGACAAGGUCACUGUGGCCCCUGUAGAUCUACAGAGAAGGAAAAGUGAAGACAGACAGAUACACACACACCCGGGGACAUCUGCCCACCUCUGAUUCCCCACUUACAAGGGCCUGGCAGACAGGGAAAGGCUGAAGGUCUCUUGGCCGAGGGAGCUUAGGGAUGAGGUCUUCAGGAUCCACAUUCACCUGGGGCAAGAGAGCACUUGGUCACUACCCCAUCCUACACUUCCCCAGGACCUAUGCAGCUGCCUCACAUACCCUCAUCUUGCGUUGCCGUGGGCACAGAUAUAAGUCAAGGCAGCGCUCAAAACGCUCCUGGAUGAAGCGGCCAUAAGCAGGCACUGUCCUCAGGCUGGGAAACUUCUGUGGCAGGAAGUUAAGCUUUCUCUCACAAGGUUCCUGGUGCAUCCAUGCCAAGCGCUGGGGAGACAAGAGACGGGUGAGAAAAGCUCAGGGAACAUGGCUGGGGACCAUACCCAUCUCAGUGCUGGCCCACCUCCUCCUCAGUGGGCAGGUACUCGGGAGGUGGGUUGUAAGACUCAGCAUGGCCAGGCAAGGCCAGCUUGGGUGCAGGCACAUGCAUCUUGUGGCGCCCCAAAACAGCAUUCGGAUCCUCCUGGGCCCACAGGUCAUAGAAUCUAGGGGUGGAGUCUUGGGGCCGUCGAGGCUUGAUCCAACCCAUCUUGAUGGCAUGCACCAUGCGAGACACCUGCACACAAAGCUAAGGUCAAGUGGCAGCAUGGGAACCUUACAAGGUGGGGUAGAGAAGAGUGACGGGGGUCCCACCUUCUCCUUCUCAAUUAGGGAUGGAAUGAAGCUACGCUUGUCAGCUGGGCGGUUGGUCACGGGGUGGAUCAUGACGUCACCACUGAAGAACUCCACAGAUGGCUGGAAGACAAGCAUAGUGUGAAGGUGGGAAGCUGCAUGCACUUCAGACCCUAGGGCCAGUUGUUACUUACCUCAUAGGGGUUGAAGCUCACAUCUCCAAACUGGCCUCUUUGAAGCCUGUGUACCAGGGCCACCUGCUCAUCAGUCAGCCGGAGGUCACGCCCUGUCAUCUUGUCUUGUACUGUGCGCCUGAGGGAAAGCCAGUCAGAGCCAUACUUCAGGCCUGAACCACACAGGUUCUGACCCAAGGUCCAACUCACCAGAAAUCUGGGUCAUCCAUUUUGUCUAGAAACUGGUCCAGCUCAUCUCGUGUCCGCAGGGGCUUGUAGAUACGUUUGCCAUCCAAGUCAUAACCCACAUGUGGGAAGUCAUCAUACCAUGCCAGGGGCACAUUGCCCACAGUGUUCCGAAUGUCCUGUAGCACAGUCACCACGUCAGCACCUGUCCCUACCAUACCUGAUCCUCUUCAAACAACCCAAGGACAAAAGAGCCGCCCUAGACCAGCCUCAAGUGCCUAGAGGCCAGGUGACCCAAAAUCUGCCCUAGCCCUGGCCCCAGGGUCUGACGUGGCAUGGCAGGGGUGCUAUGCCCCCUUCCCCCAAGUUUUCUGAGGCGCCAGAGCUUUACCUUCACAUUUUCCACUGAAGUGAUGCCAACCCUAGCCUCCCCCCUUAUUGGAUUCCUUGGCCAGGGCUCUGGGCAGCCACAGACGGGGAUGACCUCAUCGCCUAUGGGCUCCCUCCCCUGGCAGAGGCCUUAGGCAGAAGUAGGUAGUUACAAGGCAGGAACCAUGGGAAGACCCCACCCCACCCAUGGGGAGUCAAACCUCUGCUUUGCGCGGCAGGUGACCAAGGACCCCCUUCUAGCUCUACUGCUCUUUCCCCUCCCACUUCAGUGGGCAGAGCAGCCACAUUCCUGGACACACAUUCCUGGUUUCAGCCCCUGCCAGCCACCACCCUCACUCCUCCCAGCCUGGGGACUGCUGCCCAGGCGGCCACUUCCUGCAACAGUAGCCACAGGGAGGAGGGGCCCAGACAUAACUAGCACAGCUGAGUGCCAGCAGCCCCUCAGCAAGACCCCUUGGGCCCUGUCCCAUUGCACCUGUCCAUACCAGCCCUUUCCAACAAGUUCAUCCCUCAAAAUACCCUGUAUAAAGUGUGCUCCCCACCUAGGGGGCCACUUCCAAAUUGGAGGGAGGGAUUGGGAAGUGCCGAUCUUAAAGAUCCACGUGUGCAUUGGAAUUGAGGAGCCCCGUGGAGCACACAGCAGGGAUAGAGGUGGGGUCUCCCUAGGUAGGAUGGGUCUAAGUGGUAAGUUUCUGGCACAUGGCACAGGUCAUACAGUCAGGUGGUUCAAAACCUACACGUCCAUCUAUAGACUGCCACUAUUGGAGUCACCCCCCAACACACACACACACACACACACACAGAGGGCCUGGCACAACAAAAGACCCAAGUGCACAUGGAAGGAGAGUCAGACAGGGUGUGGCCAAGCACUCGGGGCCAGGGCAGCUGGGUGAACUUAGGCAUGCCAGGGGAGAAAGCCUCUUGAUUCCUGAUUUAUCCUGUUCCUCCCUGCAGAAUGGGUAGAAUGGGCACCAAGGUCUUGGGACAUCAGUAGCACUCCAGAAACUCCCCAACUAGAAAGAUGCUCAGGACCCCCUAGGCAUGACUAUUAAAAAGGAAAAAAGGUGCACAGGCUCCGCAUAAACUCCUCCAGGCCAGGGAGGGAGGCGGAGGCCAGGCGCGGGGGAGGAGCCGACUGCUAUAAAGGCACUGCUCUGCUGGCGGCCCCACUCCAGUCCGAACACAUGUGCCCGCGUCGCCCGGCAGCCGCCACCGCGGGGCGCAGCGGAGACCCCCGGCCCGGCGGCCUGUGGGGGCCUAAAGAGGCGGCAUGAGCAGCGCACCGUGGAGCUGACGCCGCGCCCCCUGCCCGGCCUAUGUCCUUCGCCAUGCUGCGCUCAGCGCCUCCGGGCCGCUACCUGUACCCUGAGGUGAGCCCACUGUCGGAGGAUGAGGACCGCGGAAGCGAGAGUUCGGGCUCUGACGAAAAACCCUGCCGUGUGCAUGCAGCACGUUGUGGCCUCCAGGGCGCCCGGCGGCGGGCAGGAGGACGGAGGGCCGCGGGGAGCGGGCCGGGACCCGGGGGGCGGCCAGGCCGCGAGCCCCGGCAGCGGCACACAGCGAAUGCACGCGAGCGGGACCGCACCAACAGCGUGAACACGGCCUUCACCGCGCUGCGCACACUCAUCCCCACCGAGCCAGCAGAUCGCAAGCUCUCCAAGAUUGAGACGCUGCGCCUGGCUUCCAGCUACAUUUCUCACCUGGGCAACGUGCUGCUGGUGGGUGAGGCCUGCGGCGACGGGCAACCAUGCCACUCGGGACCCGCUUUCUUCCACAGCGGUCGUGCGGGCAGUCCCCUGCCACCGCCACCACAACCACCACCUCUGGCCCGAGACGGAGGCGAGAACACCCAGCCCAAACAGAUCUGCACCUUCUGCCUCAGCAACCAGAGAAAGUUGAGCAAAGACCGUGACAGAAAGGCGGCGAUUCGAAGUUAGAAGGAGGAGGGUCCACAGCAGCCAAGAGGUGAUGCCUAGUGAAGGUGGAUGCCACUGAAGAGUCACCGAGAGCCCCACCUCGGACCUGAUCUGAGCACAGGUCCCCAGGAGCACGCUCACCUGGCCAGACCUGCCCCAACUAUGAGCAGGGCCUAUGAACAGACAGAUGGACAGGCGGGCUAUGGCUUGACUCUAAGUAGCCCAACACUUCCCAGGCCCACUGGAACUUUCCAUGCUGACUCCCUACCUGGGCCAAGUGUUAGCAUCU